AUGACUGACCUUGGUGCCCAAUCGUUCUUCCUUGGCAUUGCCACCAAUCGCCAUGAAAAUGGCCUAUUUUUGUCCCAGAUCUCCUUUGCCAAGGAGAUUAUUGCUCGUGCUGACAUGGAAACAUGUAAUCCUUGCAGCACUCUGACGGACACUAAGCCAAAGUUUUCAUCGUUAGGAGAGCUUGUUGUUGAUCCUACCUUAUAUGGAAGCCUUGCAGGGGCGCUGGGAUAUCUAAUCCUCACUCGUCCUAAUAUUGCAUAUGUGGUCCAACAAAUUUGCCUUUAUAUGCAUGAUCUUCGUGAACCGCACUUUCUUGCCCUAAAGGGUAUUCUCCGUUACCUACAGGGUGUGCUCUCACAUGGUCUUCAUAUUUGUCAGUCAUCCAUUGAUAGGUUGGUUUCUUAUUCCGAUGUUGACUAG